AUGGCAUAUUCCACAGGGAGAGGAGGUGCAGGCAAUAUCCAUUUCCUGAAGACGAAAACCACGGAAGACAACGAGUUGUCCCCACAAAUCUCGGUGUCGAAAUCCCCCCCGCCACAGCAGCACCAGAGUGUCGACAACGAGCUAAAGCCAACGACAAGCAGAAAAGUGUACUAUUCCACCGGCCGCGGCGGCGCGGGCAACAUCAGGUCGCUGGACGAGGUGCCCCUGCCCCAGUUGGCCCCGCAGGGCUCCAACACGCCCGUGUUGACCCAGCCUCGCAUCUCGACGGGACGUGGCGGGUACGGCAACAUGGUGGAGAAUGACGACCCCGGGAAGAUCCGCAAGUUGCAGGAUGUCGAUGGCGACGUGUUGGAGGACGAUUCGCCCGAGUUGGAGGCGAUCAAGUCCAACAAGAGCUAUAGUGUUGGCAGAGGCGGCUUUGGCAAUAUUGUCAGUAGGGAUAAUGUUGCCAAGGAUGAAGGUGGCGAGACUCCCAACUUGUACACUGUCACGUCGAGGAACGGAGAGAAGAAUGGCAAGAAGAAGAUGGGCAUUUGGGGCAAGAUCAAGCAUGCGUUUUCGUAG